GUGGGAGAGAGAGAGGGAGAGGGAGAGAGAGGGAGAGCACUCCCAGCGCAGUCUGGUCGGCGUUUCGUUCUUCCAAUGUGGAAUACAGCUCUGACUGCCUCACUGGAAACUAUCGCAGAGGAUUCUCACUGGAGUGUGAAGAGUUUUUUCUAGUUUUCCUGCCGUGUGGAUAGACUUUUUUCAAACUGUUGAGUAUGGAGAUGAACGGCCGUGCCCUGCCGCCGUCCAUACCUGAGGACGGCGAAGCUCCGGACCACGUUCUUCACGGAGAAAUGAACGGCUACCACCAGCGGCUCCUCGGCGGUGAUGGGGGAGAGGCCGAGGUCCCCGUGUCCAAGUCCCAGAGACGCAAGAGCGACGUCAAAGUCUAUAAGGAGUUCUGUGAUUUUUAUGCCCGCUUCAACAUGGCCAACGCUCUGGCCAACGCCAUGUGCGAGCGCUGCAAGAGUGGCUUCGCCCCGGCGGAGAAGAUCGUGAACAGCAACGGGGAGCUGUACCAUGAGCAGUGCUUCGUGUGCGCCCAGUGUUUCCAGCAGUUCCCCGAGGGACUCUUCUACGAGUUUGAAGGCAGGAAGUACUGCGAACACGACUUCCAGAUGCUGUUCGCUCCUUGCUGCCAUCAGUGUGGGGAGUUCAUUAUCGGCCGUGUGAUCAAGGCGAUGAACAACAGUUGGCAUCCGGACUGCUUCUGCUGUGAUAUCUGCCAGGCUGUGCUCGCUGAUGUUGGAUUCGUUAAAAAUGCUGGAAGGCACCUGUGUCGUCCGUGUCACAACAGAGAGAAAGCUCGAGGCCUCGGCAAGUACAUCUGUCAGAAGUGUCACGCCAUCAUCGAUGAGCAGCCUCUGCUGUUCAAGAACGACCCCUACCACCCCGAUCACUUCAACUGCAACAACUGCGGCAAGGAGCUGACAGCUGACGCCAGGGAGCUGAAGGGGGAGCUCUACUGUCUGCCCUGCCACGACAAGAUGGGAGUCCCGAUCUGCGGGGCCUGUAGGAGGCCCAUCGAGGGCCGUGUGGUCAACGCCAUGGGCAAGCAGUGGCACGUGGAGCAUUUUGUGUGUGCUAAGUGUGAGAAACCCUUCCUGGGACACCGUCACUACGAACGCAAGGGCCUGGCCUACUGCGAAACGCACUACAACCAGCUCUUCGGGGAUGUUUGCUACCACUGCAAUCGUGUUAUUGAAGGAGACGUGGUGUCUGCCCUCAACAAGGCUUGGUGUGUGAACUGUUUUGCCUGCUCAACCUGCAACACCAAGCUCACUCUCAAGAACAAGUUUGUGGAGUUUGACAUGAAGCCAGUUUGUAAGAAGUGCUACGAGAAGUUCCCUCUGGAGCUGAAGAAGAGGCUGAAGAAACUGUCAGAAACUGUUGCUCGGAAGUGAACGCGCAGUCGAGCAGCCGGUGGCACUGAAAGACAGAUGAGACCGCGAGGUGGCCCCGCACAAGCCCAGAACCGAGAGUCGCAUUUAGAUAGAAUUUGUGUGUUUUAUAUUAUCGGUAUGUUACAUUUAGGUCGAUUAUUUCAGCAGAACACAUUUGUGCUUUUAGUUACAGCAGUAAGACUUUGAGCUUUGAUUUUAUGAGCCCCACCCUGGCAGAUGGCUCGACAGUCAUGUUGAUCAGUCAGUCGGUAGGUUUAGCCUCCUCAGUGCCUUUUGGCUCAAACACUGCACUGUAUAUUUUUUCGCUUGCUUGCUUAGUUCACUACUUUAUAUAUAAAACACAACACGUGUCGACGGUCCUAUAUUUAUUAUAUGAGCUUGAAGAGAAGACAUAGAAACAUGGGAUAAUGACUUACAAGCUGCGCUGAGAGGUUGCUCAACUGUUUGCCAGCUUGUCUUGUGAUGUCAAAAAAUCUGUUUCCUUGUUUGACUGAUGUUACUGCCACAUUUCUAUAAUAAAUAAGUAAACCAAAGACAGCUUGAAAAAAAAAAAAACAUGCCGUUGUACUGAAUGUGUAUAUAAUCUCUAAAGUUUCUCGUUUUCUUUCAGCAAGUAUAAUUGUAUGUAUUCUUCUUGUGUAUUUUCUUUAAUAUUAUGCAAAAUAAGUUAGUGUAGGUCUAUAAAGUUUCUUUGUGCAUCUACGGUUUAUUGCUAUCAUGCACAUGCUGCAGUAAUGGACACAACUACCACCUACAGUGUGCUAGAUUACCUUGUUCCAGUGUGUGCUGAGCAUUUUUUAUGUGACACAAUCUCUAUGCAAAGCAACAUGUACUGGUAUUUACUCACCAGUUUUUCAGGUUCACAAUCUAAAAUACUCCAGUACAGCCUAUCCAACAUUUAUAAUGUGGAGUUUUUUUGUUUUUUCUCCUAUUUGGAGUAAAUAGAUGCAGAUGCUAGAAUACCAGAAAGCUUUCGAGGUGUGUUCUGCAGUACCACUCAACAUUAUAACUGCAGCUUAGAUUCUGCUGAAACAACUCCCCUGACGUGUUGUAAACAAACACUGAACACAAUAAGCUUCAGGGUGACAUAAUUUAUUGCACGGCAACUGGUAACUGUGUGUGUGUCUUACAACACGACGGCUUGUGGCAUGUGCGGAGACCGGAUGUGGGAGUAGCGCUUGAUGUCAGAAACAUUUGCCUCUGUUGUUUGUGAUCCAGAGAAAGUGAUCCUCUUAGGGAGGUGUACCGACUUCCUCAAGGCUCAGACCCACUUAGGAAAGAAAGCCAACCGUUCCCGUUCUCAAAGUGCUUCACUCGAGCGGUGUUUUAUCAUGGAAAACAUAUCUUCUACAUAAAAGCUCAAUAGAAGAAAAACACAUUCCACAUUUUUUUUUUGAUUGCAAAGCCAACGCUACUCUUGUGCGUUUUACUACCGAAGCCACAGCGCUGCUCAUGCCAUGGAGAAGUUAAGUUAGCCACUGGACUGAUUGUUGUGAAGCAGAAUAGUCCAGUACACGGUUUCAUCUGAUAUCUUACUACCUUGGGAAUGUUUGUGAAGAGAUGUAUUAACACACCAAAGUGCAUAUUCUGGACUUUAACUUAAAUGUAUUUGUCAUUAUAUCAAAGAUAAAUCUGUCAAAUCAUCUGAAUAAACACCUACAUCAGUGCCA